CUUUCAAAAGGACCACCACCUCCCUCUACAUUGCUGCACUGAAUUUCUGAUUCUGUUCCAUUGCAGAUGCUGUUCCCUGUGCUCCUGGCCAUACAGGGCACUGUGGGCGCCGUGUACUGUGUGGUCAUUUCUUCACUGGGUUUGCUCAGUGGCCCCCUCUGUGACACAGGCAGUGGAAACUACACCUACCCGUUCAGGAAUUACUCCCUGGAGAACAGCUACUUACUCAACCAACCCACCUGGGCUAACUGCCAAGAGCCUGAGCACAUCGUCCUCUGGAACGUGGUCUUGUUCUCCAUCCUGCUGGGGAUCGGCGUGGUAGAAGCUGUUCUUUGCCUCAGCCAAGUCGUCAGUGGACUCUGUGAUAUCUUCUGUGGUACAUGCGUCCGAAAAGGACAGGUUGGUGCUUCUAGAACCCAGGAAUGUUCAAGUCAUUUCCCCUGA